AAAAUUUCGAAACACCCGUCAACCUCCAAGCUGCAAGAUUGCUCGAAUAUCAACCUCUGUUUUUACUACCGUUGGCGUGCGACCCACCACGGCUUCCUCUGCUCUCAUUUUUCAAUUUGCACUCUCGAGCUCUCAUGACGACGACGACCCCAAAGCGCAUCGCCCUCUUCAUGGACGGCACGUGGAACACGCCCGAGUCGGACACCAACGUCCACCGCCUUUACGACGCGACAGCCACGUCCGAUGACCAAAUCAAGGAGUAUUUUCCCGGUGUUGGCACCUCGUGGGGGUCCUACUUGACGGGCGGCCUCCUUGCCGUGGGCAUGAAGGACAUCAUCCACAAUGUGUACGAGUAUCUCGCCAAGGUCUACGUCCCCGGCGACAAGGUGUACCUUUUUGGGUUCAGCCGCGGAGCGUUUGAGGUGCGAGCCCUCCUCGGGUUCAUCGACACGUGCGGUCUCGCAGCGCCCGACAGUGCGGCCACUGUCGACAAGCUCUGGGACCAGUACGAGCUCGUGCACAAGAACAAGAGUGCGCGGUCUCUAGACCAGCUUCUCGCGCUGCCCGAGACGAAGCGGGGGUCGCUGACCACGACGGAGGCGAUCAUGAUCAACCACUGCACGCCAAUUGAGAUCCACUUUGUCGGCAUCUUUGACGUUGUGGCCGCCGACCCGCGGAGCGACCGGCACCGGUACGGCCAGAACCCGACCAAGGUUGGCCGCAUCGUCCACGCCAUGGCGAUCGACGAGCACCGCGAGUCGUUUCAAGUCAUGUAUUGCGAGGAGCCGCCCAAGCGCUUCACGGACCACAUGAACCUGGACUCGAUCCGACAAAUUACGAGCUCUGGCGACGACGACAGCCAAGAGGUCGCCUUGGAAGAUGAAAAGGCCAUGCACUUUGUCGAGCAGCGCUGGUUUGCCGGCGUCCACAGCAACAUUGGCGGCGGCUUCUCCGCCACGGACGUGCUCUCGUUUAUUCCGCUGCGCUGGGUGCAGCAGUGCGCGAUCCAGCAAGGACUUGUCUUCAAGAAAGAGUUUACGCUCGACGGCACCGAGCACCUUCGGGACAGCGAGCAAAUGGACAUCGACUGGAAGCAGCGCGUCAUGAUGCUCGGGCAUACGCACUUGCGCAAGAUCAACGAAGACACGUCGGUGAACGAAACCAUCGACAAGACCGUGUUUGAGCGCUACCAAAACAAGGCUAUGAAGUACGCUCCGGAGAACCUUCAGCGCUGGGCCACGUCCCGCGGUCUUCAGCUCGAUACGAUCACGCCCGCCAACUUGUGGGCCGAGACGGGCAGUCCCGUGCAACACCACUGCAAGGAAGACGAGUAGGCACUGUAUCAUCCUACGACUUUAUAAAUGAUCUCAAUUUUCACAAGGUGAACUA